CAGACCAUUCGGAAGCAGACUCAUAACUCCGUCAGGUGUUAUUCUCAACAGCCUCAUGCUUGAUUUCUCCUGGCCAAAUAAAACCAGAGGGCAAUUCCAAACCAACCAGAGAAAUGGAGUCCAGCCAGGAAAGAGGCCCCUGUCAUCUGUCAUGCCCACAAUAGUGGUGCCAGCCUGGCAUAAAUGUGGGAUCUACAUGGCACUGAGCAGCACAGGGGGACACAAGAGUUUCAGUGCGACCACCCAGGUGUUGAUCAGUGCUCUGUCCAACCAUCAAGAGAAAAAUGAAAGCCUCUCCCUGAAAAGAUUCCAUCUGCCAAACAGACCUCUUUUUGACUCUGACUCUCCAGAAGAGGGUGUGCCAUUGUUGCAUGAAAAGGGCCACGUAGCUCAAAGAGUGAAGACAGACUCUGCUGUCCUGGGCAUUCUGAGGAACAGAGAUGUCAUUAAGACCAUAGCAGUACCUGAAUUAUCUGAUGGCUCAUCAUAG